AGUUUUGUUUUGUUUUGAAACCCUCACCCAAAAACCUCACUACCCCGCUCUCACCAUUUUCCCGCCUCUCUCUUCCUCCUUAAAUAAAAUCCCUAUUUCCCCAUAAAAAUCUCCCUCUCUCUCUCUAUCUCUCUCUAUCUCUCUCUCUCUAGAGUUUCCAAUCUCUCUCCUCUCCAUCGCCAUGAAGCAACGAACCAGACCUACCUUACCUAACCACUUCCACAAAUUCCUCAAACCAGGAGCACUCGCUCGAAUCCGUGACUCCAAAAUCACUGCCAGAUCUCACCGUCUCAACUCCCUCUCUCAGAUCUCAAUCUACCGUCCACCUUCCUCACCGCCGCCGCCGAUUUCCACCGAUCAGCCUCAAGCUAAUGCUUCCGAUGGCUUUCCUUUCUUCUCUUCCGGGAUCUACGGUCCUCGUUGUCCGCAGAGGAAGAAACUAUUCGCUGCUAAGUCAGUUUUCUUUGUUCCUGGUAGUCCUGCCGCUGACUCGGUGGAUCUUGUCGCUGACUCUUUUGGUGGCGGCGAUAUCAUCGCUGCUAAUUAAUUUCUCUUUGUUCAAAUAUGGAGAGUUUAGAUUUUUAGAUUUGUAGAUUUAGCGUGGUUUCGGUUUUUUGGUUCAAUUAUGUGCAAAAAUUACUCUCAUAGAAUAUGAAUUAAUAAAGUGCAAUCAAUUUUUCA